GUGGGAUGGCCCAUACAGUAAAGAUCUAAAUAACAAAACACUCCAUCUCCACAAACCCUAGACUGAAGAUAGCGGCACAGCAGAAGCGGGUUUCCCCUCGACGAAAAACCACAGGAUCUCUGAACGAUGACUUUCAAGCGAAGAAAUGGCGGACGCAACAAGCAUGGCCGUGGACACGUCAAGUUCAUUCGUUGUUCUAACUGCGGAAAAUGUUGCCCUAAGGACAAAGCUAUCAAGAGAUUUCUUGUAAGGAACAUUGUGGAGCAAGCUGCUGUUAGGGAUGUUCAAGAAGCAUGUGCUUUUGAGCAGUAUACACUUCCCAAGCUGUACGUGAAGAUGCAAUACUGUGUCUCGUGUGCAAUUCACUCUAAAGUUGUUAGAGUCCGCUCACGAGUUGAUAGAAGAAACCGCGAGCCUCCAAAGAGAUUCACUCGACCAAGGGAUGAUGGACCGAAGCCAGGUCAAGCACCACGCCCGGGUGGUGGAGCGGGGCCCGCUCCUGUUCGUACCUAGUCGGCAUUUCGAUGAAUUGACUGCUGCCUCCAUUUAUAUUUCCCUUUGUGUUUUUGACACUGAAAAUCGAGAUCUUGUAUUUUUUAGUUUGGAUGUUGUUUGAGACUUAUCCCUCUUUUUAUCUUUUCAUAGUUCAGAAAAUUAAAAAAACACAAACAAAUCCUUUACUAGUAUAAUCUUUAUAGCAUGU